AUGAUUGGGAAUGUUGCUUUAGAAUGUAAAAUAUUAAAAAGUUCCCUAUCACCUUUUGUUGUACGAGGAUAUGAUGUAUUUUUGGAUCCAGAAAAAUGUAUACAUCUCAAUGGAAUAUUUAAUCGGAGGAUUAGAGUAGAUUCACAAAAAAAAGGAAUAAUUCAUGCAGACAUAAAACCUGCGAAUGUAUUAAUUAACUCAAAUGGACAUUUAAAAUUGAUCAAUUUUGGAUUAGCAAAGUAUAUGAUUUUAGAUGAGGAUACAGAAAGAUAUAGGUCCGGAACAACAUUAUUGUAUGUCUCCUGUGGUUAUCCUAUUCAAAAUUGGACCACAGAAAUUUUAUAUUCGAUGGACGAAUGUCCAUUGGAAAUCAAGAGCCAUAUUUUUUUAAUGACAUUGAUUGGGAGAAUGUUCACCAAGAAAGAACCUUCACCUUUUGUUCCUCAAAAUAAUAAUGAUUAG